CUCUGCCACCAUGCCCUGCUCAGCUGGAUGGAGCAGGGAGGGGAGGCUGGUGACCUGCAAUGAGUCCCACUCCUUCUCCAGCAGGCUCCUGUGUCAGAUCCUUCAGCUGGGUUUUGUCAAGUACCUGAUGAAUAUCCUUCAGAAAGCAUCAGUCUGGAUUGGAUUUGUGGUCCCUGUGGAGACCAUUAUCAGAGAAGUCUACCCCACACAGUCUCCCACCAGACCUGGACGACUUGCUAAGAAGCGCCGGGGGAGACUAAUGCGCCUCCUCCUCUCAGCUGUUCCCACCAGGAUCCAGAACAUCCUGGGCUACCUGCCAGCAGACUGGGGCCAGAGCAACAUGCCCAAGGAGAUCCGAGAAGCUCUGAUCAACCCAUCUAACAAAGCAAACAAGAGGAAGCGGGAUGACGUAGCUCUGGAGGAGCAAGAGUCCUGGCUGGUGGUACUGGAGAGGGACCUGCCAGAGGAUGACCCUGAAGACAUGACGUAUGAGCCCUCAGAUGUGGAAACAGAUAGUGAGGAAUACAAGUCCCAGAAUGACACUGAGGCAGACCUGGAGCUUGAAGAGCAGGAUGGGAUCAGUAUGCUGAAGGAGUCAUCAGAUCUCCAGUGUGGAGCAGGGGAGGUGUCAUAA